CCCUGCAGUCACGCCAGCUCCAGCCCCACUGGUGGUUCCCUCAGCUCCCACAGCACCAUGAAGGUCCCUGCAGCCACCCUGGCCAUUCUGCUCGUCAUGGCCAUCUGCUCCUCGGCUCACAACCCUCUUGGUGAGUCCAGCACUGCUGUGUCUUCCAAGAAGCCAGUGGCCACCUCCUGCUGCGUCAAGUAUGUGUCCCGCAGCAUUCCGCGUGCUAAUAUCUCCUCCGCCUACAUGACCAGCAACACGUGCUCCCUGCCAGGAGUGGUUCUGGUCACCAAGAAGGGGAUCCAGCUGUGCGCAGACCCCAAGGCACACUGGGUCCAGGCACAUCUGAAGCAUUUCCAGGCCCUGAAGAACUGACCCUUCCCUGCUGCCAUCCCAGUGCAGUGGGCCCGGCCCUCAGCACCAGACACACAACAAAGUGCUUGAGCUGCAUCCUUCUUCAAUGGGAAAAUUUAUUCUAAUUGACACAGAUUUGUUAAACUAAAUUUUGCUUGCUAAGAAAGUGAAAAUAUAAAAAUGAUUUAAAAGGUAUCAACAUGCCUGUUAAUGAGAAGUCAGAAUUUUUGAUGCUUAAA